AUGACCGCUGUCGCCGGCUUAGUUAUAUCCCUUCCCUCGUUAGUCUUUAGCGACACAACUUUCUAUUUUGACAUCGAGCAUGGAAUCAACGCGACAAAGUGCCAGCGACUGUCACCCACAUUGAAAAUCUCGUCCAGUGUGUAUUCGUCGUUUAUAGCAGCACUAUGUGUCGGAGGUAUUGUUUUUAUUAUUGUGACCUACUCACUGGUCGGUGUCCGCAUCAAGAGACAGUACUCUCAAGCCCAGUCCACGAUUCGAACGACUCCCGCCAACGAUAUCGACGAAAUGUCCGAUGACCUGACGGCAAGCACCUUCUCCUUGUCUACUUUUGCCACGAAAGAUAUACUUGGUCACACAAAAGACCUUAAAACACAAUCCACUUUCUACCUAGAUGAUAUUGAUCAAACAGAAAAUUCAAGUUGUGUGCCAUCUACCAUUUAUACCCUCGAUACAACGCUAAAGAAGAAGAAAAAGCGCGCCAAGCAAACAAGAUUUAUUCAACGCAAGCGAGCUCGCUUUUUAAGAUUUACUUGGAUGUUUGUUUUAAUGUCGGCAGUAUAUUGCUGUUCACUUCUUCCUCGAGUUAUCGUUCGUGUUCUAGAGGUGGCGGUCACAAACUUCUGGUUCAAUCUUGACAGGGAAAAGCUGGUGGCUAUGACGUUUCUGGCACGAAUUUACAUCAUUAGUUUUAUUGUUAAUCCGUUAAUCUACGGAUUCUUUGAUAAUAAGUUCCGUAAAAAAUGUAAGCGUCUAUUCAGAAACUGCGAUUGUUAUUUUCGAGUCACAACAACGACAGUAUAG